GGGAGAGCAAUGCCGAACAUCCAGGUGACGAGCAACGUAUCUUCCGUCGGUGUGGACAAGGUUAAAGUCAUGGUAGCGAUCUCUAAAUCACUGGCGACUGCUAUGGACAAGUCAGAACAAGUCGUGAUGGUGCAUCUGAACCUGGACACACCUAUGUUGUUCCAGGCCUCGGACGAUCCGUGUGCCAUGAUCCACCUAAGAAGCAUCGGCAAGGUGGACGCUCAGCAUAAUUCCACGACAGCGUCCAUGCUGACGGAGACUGUAAGCCAGGAGCUGAAUAUCCCCAAGGACCGCAUCUUCAUGAACAUUGACGACGUGUUGCGCUCGAACUGGGCUAAGGGUGGUGUGCUCAUUCCUGAGCCCAAGCAGUAAGCUGUAAUAUACUAUCCAGAUACUGGCAAGUAUUUGCGAGACCUCUAGGAAGGUCAGCAUUUCUUGCAUCAACGCAAUCUGCAUGUCUUAGUACUACGUAAUACAUGUAUUUAGCAUGGCGCU